AUGAAGCAGAAGCCAUCCUCCGAAGCUCGGAAGCAUUCACCUUCGAGUCCAAAGCGCAACGUAGUUCCAACUAUAGAAACCGAAGCCGAUAUGACCGACACAUCACUGACUCCCCAGGUGAUGCACAAUCGGAUCAACGCCAAUAUCUCGCAAUUGCUCCAACGCUUCGAGAACAUCAUCGCUACUGCGGCUGCCGAGAAUACCAGCCACACGUCCACCGCAGUUGAGUCCUACCAGAUGGAUGUUGACACCUCCGCCUUGAUCCACGCAGCUGAGGACCUGCAUGCCUUGACCCGCACCAUGAAAGAGCUCUGGCUCUUCGGUAAACUCGAUACUCUCGGUGAAGACGAGCGCGACGUUCAGCGCCGUGAGCAGAUGCAGGAGAAUGUGCGCGUACUUCAGGAAAAACUGGCCGAGGCGAUGUCGAAGAUCGUGGAGGAU